CAGUAGGCCUACUCAAAAUUGUAGGGAGAAAUUAUGCUAAGCUAAUUGGCUCAAGCUUCGUUCUAAUACAUUGAUUUCAAUCUUGUCUGAAAAAGUGAGCAAAUGGGUACCGGUACAUAUAUUAUAACUGUCACACAAUCAGUACCCAAGUAUUCCCUCUGCAAAAUCCACUCAUCCAAUUGUAAAAGCAGACUGGAAUGAAUAUUUAAAAAAUAAUGGUAAGUCCUUCAUUGACCUCUAAUAUUCACAUAAUUUUCUUCAGAUUGAAUGGAGAUGUGCAGAGAAAGGAGAUGGACUGCAGCUUUUUGUUGAUGAUGCCAAGGUCCCAGUCACAGUUGGUGUGGUGCACAUGGGUGAGAGGGACUUUGCUGUGCGCUGUGUGUCAGUGAGUCGUUGUGCGGCGGUGUACGCCGGUGGUCUCCAUGUGGUGGUGUGGAGGGAAGCCCACAAUCAGCUGGCGGCCAUGGUGGAGGUUCCUCAGACUUUCUACAACCGCACUGUGGGCCUCAUGGGUCAGUGGAGCUCCAACCGCUCCGACGAUUUCCUCAUGUCCGACGGCAGGCUUGUCCCCUCACUGGACCUCAACCCCCCUUCAGAGGCCAAGCUGCAUGACUUCGGCGUGUCCUGGGCAGUUCCCGUCCCAGAGAGCCUGCUGUUCUCUCCACCUCCACAUGCUCCACUGCAGCCUGCCUCCUCUCAGCAGCUCCUGGAGAGCCUCAGUCCUACGGAGGUGAGGGAGCUGAGGAGAACCUGUAAAGGCAGCAUGCAGUGCGUCCACGACACCAUAGCAACCGGCAGCUCUGACCUGGGUCAGCGCACUCUGGCUGCCAAGAACCAAUAUCAAAAUCUGGCUCUCGUAUACGGUAACAUGCCUCCCAUAGUGACGGAGCCCACAGUGAUUGGCUGUAAGGUCAACUCCACUGUCAACGUUCAGUUUGUUGCUCAGGACCCGAAUGGAGACCCCAUCACCUACUCACUGCUCCACCCCAGGCCUCCCCGGACCUCCAUUGGCAGCAGGGACGGCUUCCUGACCUGGAUGCCCCUCACCACACAGCCAGUCCAGCUGACCAUCAGAGUCAGUGACGGGCUCUCCAGCUCCCUGUUCACCCCCAUCCUGCACGUUUGCAACUGCCUCAACGGAGGGACCUGCCAGUAUGAGAGUGUCACUGAAAACCUCCAGCAGGGGACUUUUCAGGUGGUGGGGUGCCUGUGCCCAAAGGGGUUCAGUGGGAAGUUCUGUGAGAAAACUGCAGACGUAUGUAAAGGCAAACCCUGUUUCCGAGGCGUUCAAUGUCAGUCAGAGACAGAGCCCGGACAGUUUACCUGUGGAGAGUGUCCCAAAAAUGCUGUCUCUGGAGGAAAACAGGGAUACAAGUGCUUUGAGCAUGACAUGUGCAGCCCUCCUUUCCCCUUCCCCUGCCACAAAGAUGCCGACUGCCUCAGCACCAAACAGAACUUCACCUGCACAUGUAAGCCUGGCUUUACGGGAGACGGACGCAACUGCACAGAUGUAGAUGAGUGUGCAGAGCUGGCCACCUGCCCCAAUGCUAAGUUUGAGUGUAAGAACACGCCGGGUUCUGUCGAGUGCUUCUGUCGAUACAAGAAGACCAGGGACACUGAUGGAUGUGGUGACCUUGCAAAUCCUCCAGGGGGAAAUGUGUUCAACGUCUCUGUGGGCUGGGUGCCGAACAGAUCUGAUGGACUCAAACAGCUGGUGGACAUUCUGUCCAUGGGUUUCCAGAACAAAUUCUACAACGCCAGCAAGAAGGAUCCAGUGCAGGGCUCCCCGCCAGGUGUGGCAGAGUAUCGUAUCAACAUGUCCAGUGACACGCCACACUGGUACAUCAGAGACUACAUGGCCAGAGUCAGCAGCCACUAUAACAUGAGAGGCAUAGAGGUUGAUG